AUGGCGUUCGCCGCUGCCAGCCUCUGGACCACCAGCAUGGCCUCCAGCCUCAUGUCAGCAGUAACCACAGCCAAUGUAGCUACACUGGCCUCUGGAGUCACUGGGGCUGGACUUCCCUCUGUGGCUGUGGCCGUGGGCUCUGUGCCCGCAGUUCUCACUGCCCUGGGCUUCACCGGGGCUGGCAUCGCAGCCUCCUCCAUAGCUGCCAACAUGAUGUCCGCAGCGGCCAUCGCCAAUGGGGGUGGAGUGGCCGCCGGCAGCCUGGUGGCUACUCUGCAGUCCUUGGGAGCAGCUGGUCUCUCCCUGACUGCCAAGGCCAUCCUGGCCUCCACCGGGUGUACCAUCGGGGCCAUGCUGCUGCCUUAG